AGUUUGGGCGUAACAGACAGUUACACACACCAACCAUACAAAAUUGGAAUAAUAGAUUCUUCUAUUUUACAGAUCACAUCAUCAUCAUCAUCAAUCAUAGUUAACAAUCGUGUUCUCAAGAUGAACGAUAGCUUCAUCUUCAAGAUGAGAUUUCUACUCCGAUCUCGUUCAGUCCCGGUAACUUUCUUGAGGCGCUUCUCUUAUAAGGACAUAAAGCAUGCAACAGAUGGUUUCAGCAGAGUUAUAGGGACGUCUUCUCAUGGGGCUUCCUAUAAAGCCAGGUUUCAAAAUGGUCGCGUUGCUGUUGUCAAAGAGAUACAUCUUAUUGAUCAUCAAGAUGAUGAUUCCUUUUACAGGGAGGUCCAACUUUUGGGCCGUUUGCAUCAUCGUCACAUUGUUGCACUUGAUGGAUUUUCUGUUGGACGAAAAAGGUUUCUUGUGUUUGAAAAUGUGGAAAAUGGAAGCCUAAAGGAACACUUAAAUGAUCCUUUGAAGACCCCAUUGGAUUGGAGAAUCAGGCUAAAGAUAGCUGUUGGUGUGGCUGCGGCUUUAGAAUAUCUACAUUUCUUCUGUGACCCACCCGUGUAUCACGUCUCCAUCAGUUCAAGCACCAUCAUGCUUGAUGAGAAUUACAAUGCAAAGCUCUCUGAUGUUGGACUUCUUGGUUCGGGUAGCAGCGAUCACGUGAUGGCAAGACGGACUUCAAAUUGUAAUGGGCAGGUGUAUGGGAACAUAAUGUAUGAGCUUGGGUUGUUGAUUCUUGAGCUGAUAACGGGUCAAUCAUCUGACAAAACGGGCACGGAUUUGAGCCAAUGGAUUGAAGAGUCUUGUUUCCCGACAUCAAUCUAUAACAUGAUCGACCCUGAUCUUGGAAACAAUUAUGAUUCUCGAGAGCUUAAAGGACUGCUAGCUGUAGCAAGAUUUUGCAUAAAAUCUGCUGAUGAACCAAAUUCCUUCACUCCUCAAAUAUAUAGGUAUCUUCAGAAGAAGGUGAGCAUCCACAUGACUUGAUUUAGUUAGUUAGGCUUCUCAUUGUUAUUUUUCCUUUUUUGUCAAGAUGGGAUACAUAAAAAUAAAAUAGAAAAUAUAUCAUUUGUGAAUA